GUGAAAUUUAUUCUCCCUCCCUCUCUCUCUCUCUCUCUCUCUCUCUCUCUCAGAGGGUGUCCUGCUCGUCCCACUUCUUACGGAGCGAGGGUUUCUCGCAAGCCCUUUUAAUCCACCGUCCUCGCUCUCUUCCGCCCACCCCCUCCUCGGAGAGUUGAUGCCUGAUGCUUCACCCGCCGCGUAUACCCAAGUGCUGCCAGCACCCGAGGAGCCGGAGGGCUCGCCGUCCUCCCUUUAAAGGUUCUUUUUCUCAAUUCCGUAGCUGUAAAGAAAGUUCUUCCAGCACCACAACCACCAGCACAGAUCAAGGCAGUGAUGAACAUUCCUUGGAAGAUGGAGAAGAUAUGUCAGAGCUUUCUUUGUUUAAGUGGAAUUUGUCUUGGAAAGAAGACAACAAAGGAAUAUUCUCAAACUCGGUAGAAGUACCGGUCAUUGAAGUUGAAUCAGUAACUAAAAUUUCUUCAUCGGAUUCCAGCAAAAGUGGAAUGCCUCAUGCAACAUGGAGUUACGGAUCAUAUUCAACUGAUCGGGUUAGUAGCCACUUGUCUGCAGGAUCGUCACCAAAGACUGCCGAUAAAUCUUUGUUUCCAGCUGCUGGAAACAUGGAAUCUUGGUUGGCUCCUGGAAAUGUGGUAUGGGCUAAAACUAGUUACCAUGAGUGGUGGCCUGCAGAGGUCAUGGAUGAGAGAGUUAUUCUAGAUUGCACUAGCACUCACCACAUUGGGCAUGUAUUAGUGCAGCUUUAUGGGAACAAUGAACAUGCGUGGCUUGAUCCAGUUAGAGACUUAUCACAAUUUGAUCAUUGCCUUGAAGAAAGGAGCAAAAAUCCGUUAGAAGCAUUUCAAGAUGCUCUUAAGCAGGCUUUGAGCAAACAUGCCCGUACAAGUUCAAGAGCAUUAUCGAGGAGAUGCUCUGGUGAGGUCAAGAGCUCAAGCCAAAAUGACACAUGUGCGGACCCUUCAAAUUCAAGUAGAAUGAAGGACGACGACAUAGAGGAAGGGCGGGGUAAAAGGAAAAGAAAAAUGAAAAUUCAUUUCGAUGAGUUGAGUUUUCCAGAGAAACCACCAAGAAGAGUGCGUCGUCUAAGGAUAAUGCGGUACCUUGGUCUUAUUGCUCCUGUCGGAUCUCCCUUUUCUCCCUCACAUGUGAGAACUGCUUGAUACGAUGCGAUAAUUCUUUUAUGUUGAUUGUUCAUCUUGGAAUGGUUCUCUUUAUAGGCAGCCAUUAUGUGAUGAAUUGUGCCAGUGGAUUCCUGAACAUGUAUAAGUCUCUGGUUUGUGGGACUGUCUCCUUCAGACAAGCUUGUUUUGAGAGAGAUCCCUGAUGAGGUAAUAUCGAGAUGACAUGACUUUAACCACUCAAUGCCUGUGUGGAAAAUUGAUGCUUGUAUAUAUGCUUGUAUACAUGGGUGGAUGAAAUGGGUUUGGUGCAAUGCCCAUUGCAGUUUUUGCCUCAUCAAAAGCGAGAGAGAGAGAGAGAGAGAGAGAAUCUUAUGAGUAAAGCAUCAUUUGAUUGGUUCUGGAAUUA